AUGUCACUUGCGGUCCUGCACCUCGUUCAUCUGCAAAGUUGUUGUGAGUUCCUCAGCCGUCAACGCCCCCAGAACAUCUUUUUUAUUUGCGAACAGCAAAAGUGGUACACCCACCAACUUUUCCUCCUCCAAUAUAUGGUACAGCUCCAGCUUUGCCUCCUCCAUAUGCUGCAUGUCAGAAGCAUCAAUAACAAAGAUGAGCGCAUCCAUGCCUCCAAAAUAGUGUUGCCAGUAGUGCCCAAUAGACUUCUGACCCCCAAUGUCCCAAACACUAAGCUUCAGAGUUCAACGGUAAGGGUUUUAAUGUUAAAGCCCUGCGUUGGCAUCGUGUUUGCGGUGCCACCGUCGCUCAGCUUCUUGAGGAUGCGUGUCUUACUGGCGUUGCCCAGUCCGAGAAUAACUAUACUUCUGCCCCUGCGAGAAGGUUUCAGCCUGAAGAAGUGGUCUAGAAGGCCCAUUUGGGGGGAGGGGGAUGGCGGACAGGACUGGGGGCCAAUACGGCACUUUAUCCGCCCCGGCAAGCAGCGCAAAGCCACCAGUUCCCUGGUGGCCCAGAGAGGCGACGGAGCUUACUAUGAACUGAGAGCGUGGAUGCAGGAAAAAAGCAAAGCAAAGCAAAGCAAAAGAAGGAAAAAGAAAACAAAAAGGCAGGGAACGGCGUGGGUGAAUGGGGGCCAUUGGUAA